AUGCUCAUAAACAGUACAGGUAUGUAUACAAAUCCAUAUGCAAUUGAGGUGUUACAGAGCAAGAAAAAAGAACUGAUAGCAGGAAUUAUCAAUACAGAUAAUCUUCUGGACUGGUUGGUUGAGAAUCAUAUCAUUUCACCAGAUAAGAGAAUUGCUGUGUUGAAUUACAAGACACGGGAGAAAAAGAACUCGAGAAUUCUGGAUAUGUUGGUUUGUUGUGGUGAGAGAGCCUGCAGAAUGUUCUUCUAUCCUUGUCUCAAGUAUUUGGAACCAGCUCUGUAUAAUUACAUCAGGAGCUAUGUCAGUAAUGUGUCCGGCAGCUUUAGAAAUGCCAAGAGACAGUUAGUGGGAUACCUUUUGGAAAGGGAUAAGGAUGAAAUCCCUCGGAACACACUCAGAAAGGAAAAGGAAUUCAUGCAGACUAUAACAACUAAAAAUAAGCCACAUCAGAUCCUAAAAAGAGAUGGACAUCUUCUUGCCCAGAAUGAACUGACUGAGCUCUACCAAGCUGCAGCAUUGGGAAAUCUUUCCAGUCUUGAUAGUGCUUUUGGAGACAGUAAUGUAAAUGUCACAAAUGCUUCCAAUGAAACUCUGUUGCACAUUGCUGCCAAUUAUGGGGAUGUUGCAAUGAUUAGGUAUUUAUUAAGUAAAGGAGCAAAGACAAAAGUGAGGGAUAACAAAGGACAAUCACCUCUCCACCGGGCUGCAGAGAGGGGACACAUAGAUGCAACCAAAAUACUUCUCCAAGCAGGAGCACACAUUUAUGCUGAGGAUACCGAAUCCAGAACUCCAUUCCAAUUAGCUGCAGAGAACAGCCAUUUCUCUGUCGUGAAGCUGCUGUUGAAAGAAGAAGUGAGUAAACAUAAAAAGAAUAAAUCCUUUUUGCACCAGGCUGCUCUCAGAGAUGAAAGCAAAUUAGCGCAAAUCAUUCUCAAAUAUGGAGCUCUAGUUGAUACGAAGGAUGAGAAGAACAGGACUCCACUGUUUCAUGCUAUAUCUAAAGAACAUGUCAAUACUGCGAAAGUACUGCUCAAGGCUGGAGCCAAUGUUAAUGUUGAUCUGAUUCGCGCAGUAUUUAACAGUAACAACCAAUUUCUGAUUAGGCUGAUCUUGGAGCAUAGCAGUGAAAUUAACUCUACUGUCUUAGUUGACGCACUCUUUAAAGCAGUUCAGAAAAAUCUUCACGUAGCUGUGGGCAUUAUCAUUGAACUGGGUAUUGAUGUCAACACAAGAAAUAGUUUACAAUACACACCUUUACUGCUGGCAGCGGAACUCGGUCAUGCUGAAUCUGUCAAAAUCUUGAUAGACAAAGGUGCACGUUUAGAUGAAAGAACACCAAACAUGGAUAGUGCAUUGCACCUUGCAGUCCGGAUUGGUUCUCUGUCUGUUGCAAAGCUGCUGAUUGACCAUGGAAUGGAUGCAAACAUUGUUAGCUCUGAUAACCAAACCCCCUUGCAUGUUGCAUCACUUCAUAACCAACCACCAAUGAUAGAAAUGCUGAUAACACGAGGUUCAAAGGUCAAUGCUGUCACAAAGGAAGCAGUUACUCCUUUACAUAUUGCUUCACAAAGAGGUAACAGAGAUACAGCAGCAUGUCUCAUCCAGCACAAAGCAAAAGUAAACGCUAAAGACAGAUAUAUGAAAACACCCCUACACAUGGCUGCUGUUGUUGGAGAUACUCCCAUUGCAGAUCUACUUCUGUCAAAUCAGGCUGAUUUUGCUGCUAAAGAUAUGGAUGGUAAUACACCAAUGCAUUAUGCAGUCAGCAAUAGCCAUGAUAUUAUUGUCAAAGCCCUUUUAUUGGCUGGAAAAAAUAAAAACAUCGAUAUUAAGAAUGUUUGGCGGAAAACACCAUUACAUGUAGCAGCAGAGCAUAGUGAUGAGCAUCUGAUAGAAUUGCUGUUGAUCAGUGGAGCUGCCAUUAAUGCUUUAGAUAAUGCCAAAGAUACACCCCUGCAUUGUGCUUGCAAAUCAGGCAAUUUUAACACUGCCCAAAAACUAAUUAACUGGUCUGAAGGUGAAAAACCAAAGUUUCAGUCAACAAAUAGUUUAAAGAAAACCCCACUUCAAGUUGCAGAAGAUGGAGAUACAGAUAACCACCAACAAAUAGCAACAUUACUGAAAAAGAAAAUGUUGCUAAUUAGAUAA